UUAGCAGAGUAUAUCAAAUUGCGUCAUUUUUUUCAUGACCGAUCACAAAAUUGCAGUUCCGAUCACAAUUUGGAUCGAUUGACUGAAGUAUGAAGCUUCUCAUGGCUCACUACCAUUGCAGGAUGCAGCCGAUUUCUCAAUUUUUUGUGUUGGCCGUGCACUUCUGCUGUUAAUCGAAUAAGGGGCAUUGCUUCAGCCUUCAUCAGGUUUCUGUAAUGCCUGUAGAGGAAAGGGGAGAUGGAUUUUUUUGUAAUGCCUUUAUAUUGAUAAGAGAUCGCAACGGAUUAUAUUUGAGCUGCAGAAAUAGGUUUCAGGCGUUCUGUGUUGUUAUGAAUUUAGGGCUCUUUUUCUUUCUAAUAGGCAGAGAGUAGCCGAUUGUUAAGACUGCUUGAAAUAUGGCUUUUUUGGAUACUUGAAUUUGUUCAUGCAAAUGUCCUCCGCUUUACAACAGAUUAAGAACCCAAGAUUCAUGCUUUCCCACACUGAUUUUCUAAAUGCCGUGUGGAUUGGCUUUCUGUCGAAAAGAUGGAAGUAUGUUUGGACUUUGAUGCUUUACUUUGUUUUCAACAUAUAUUGGUUUGUGAAGUGGAUUUCGAUGAUUUGGGAUUUUAUCAAUUGGUGUUUACUUAUAAGAGUUGGCUCUCUCAACUUAUAAGGAUCAAAUGUAUGUACUGAUAACACAUAAUGAAGCAGCUGAAUGAGCUCCUCAAUGUUGUAGCUGGGAAGAAGGUUCGAGAACUUUGCUUUCGUUAUGAUGAUUGCACUGCUCAUGAGUUAAUCCCUCGCGUCCUUUGUGAAACAUUGGAAGGUUACAUUGUAGUAACAAAACAUCUCAUUGCAAGUAAUAGCAUUUUGGAGUAACCAAAGUAGUCUUGACGAGAUUUCUCAUAUGAGGUGAGGUUGCUGAGAAAUUUCUUUUACGUGAUUGUUUUAAGCACAAGAAUGUCUACUUAUAAGAUUGCCAAGUCAUGGGCCUUGAGUAGAUUGAUGGUUCAGGAAGUACUCAAGAAUCUAACAAUCACGAAUCUGUAUGGCCGUGAGAAAAUUUGGGUUGUAGACUAUAUUUCAACGCUAAGCUCAUGAUUUGUCUUCCGAACUUGCUCUUUAUCUGCUACAUUGGAUGAAUGCACAGUCUCUUCGGAUAAUGUCUCAGUCAACCUAGCCUUCUAUGUUUACCUUGUGGGUGGAUAUAAAAAACCGCUUACCUUGUUCUGCAAGGUUGAUUGGGCUUGAUGAUGUGACUAUGUCCAAUGUCCACUCUUCUUGCUAAGUGCAAGUGCUAAAAUUAAAAUGAGACUGUAUCUUUCAUGUUUUGGGAUAAGUGCACUAUUUGCUGCAUUUGAAGAAAUGGGGAUUUCGACUAUAAAUAUAAAAUGGACACAAACUGAGAAUGAAAAAAAUAUUGAACAGGAAUCUCAUGACAGGCUAAGUAGUCUGCUCUCUGAAAUCCUAGACCACAUUCUAUCGUUUCUCAGCAUGAAUGAAGUUGUGAAAACCGGUUUGCUGUCAAGAAAAUGGAGAUACUUCUGUCAUUCAACACCAUGCUUGAACUUCGAUUUUAGAGAUUUCUGGAACCAGGAGCGCUGCUUAAAUUUAAGUUACAAUGAAUGUGUGAUAAAAUUUUGGGUAUUUGUCAAGUGCGCUAUCGUGAUCAGAUCACCCAUUUGUAGACUGCGGCUCUACUGUGAAGUCUGUGAUACCAUUCAGCUUGAUUCGCUUUUAUAUCUUUGCGCUUUGAAAGAAGUCCAAGAACUUGAUAUUUUUACUGGAUAUGGAAUCCUGCAGUGUCCAAUUUAUUGUGGUGUACCAACUCACGUUGACGCAUUUAUACAGGGCGUGAAUAGCCUGGUUUAGUUGCAACCAUUGACAAGCUUUUCAAAUCUCAAGACCCUAAAUUUGGUUGGGGUCCAGUUUGAUGAUUCUGAUAUAGCUGCGAAUGUAUUCAGUGAUUGUGGUGUUCUUGAGACUUUAUCUCUGGAACAUUGUUGUUUUGUGAUGAGAAACCAUCUCAAAAUUUCUGCCAAUAAGCUUAGGACUUUCAACUUUGUAAACAAUGGCCCUUAUUGGUGGGAUUAUACGUGCAUGUUCGACGGUGAGCUGGAACUUCAUACUCCAAACCUUGUAUCUUUCUGGUAUAUCGGGCCAGUGCUACAGCUUAGUCAAUCCUCGGAUAUGCUAUUUUUGAAGAAUGCCUCCAUUGAGCUCCGAUAUCAAAAUACACCAGGGGACUUAGGUGCUAUGGUUUUAGGUAUUCGUCGUGUCCAGGAGUUAUCAGUGUCGCCAAAUUUUGUCCUGUACUACUCUCCUGCAUUUGAAAAAUACGCUGGCGACUUCAGUCCUCUCGACAGUCUGAGCAGCUUGAAGGUUGAUAUGGAAGUCACAGGGGACCAUAUGGAGGGUCUAAUAAAGCUACUCCAGCUUUCUCGUAAUCUUGAAACUCUAUGUAUCCGAUUCACUGAGCUCCCAGGGAUAAUCAGUUGGGAGUCCAGGAAAAUCGACGUCCCUAUGAUAUCACACAAGCUGAAAGAAAUUGAGAUUUUUACGGUCUACGACCCGGAGAAAUUGGUAGAGCUUAUCAGAUUCUUCCUUGAGAAUGGAAAAUUUUUAGAGAAGAUAAACAUCACGCAAGAGGAAGAAAUGCUGGAUCUGGAGGAGUUCUACACAUUGCACGACGCUGAGUUAGCAUGUGAAUCAGUUUCUAUAUCCAUCGGUUUAGCUUCUGCUUCUGGAACAGUCAAGAUGUUUGACUUUUCGUUUUGGAAAUGUGGUUCGGGUACAGCCGGUCAAUCUAUCGAAUAUGGACGGUAAAUCGAUAUUUCUUCUACUUGCUCUUUCUUAUCAUCAAAACAAAAACUAGGUAGCUUCAUAAGGUGAACUGAUGACAUUAUUAUUUAUAACUUGCUAAGACCAUUUCUAUCUUUUGGAUAUGCCAUCUAUCUGUCCUUGUUUGUUUUGAAGUUUUGCUGUUUUGAAUUGAUUGGGAUUGUUGAAACUCUGUGAUCAAUGCAUUGCUAUGCUCUAUUUUAGUAUAUUUCUCAA